GCGAGGCAUGCAAUCAAUCAAUGCAUCUCGGAGCAACCAGGACCCCACGAAGGACCCCGUCCGGAACCCCAGCCUUGACCCCAUCCGGAACCCCAGCCUUGACCCCAUCCGGAACCCCAGCCUUGACCCCAUCCGGAACCCCAGCCUUGACCCCGUCCGGAACCCCAGCCUUGACCCCAUCCGGAACCCCAGCCUUGACCCCAUCCGGAACCCCAGCCUUGACCCCAUCCGGAACCCCAGCCUUGACCCCAUCCGGAACCCCAGCCUUGACCCCGUCCGGAACCCCAGCCUUGACCCCAUCCGGAACCCCAGCCUUGACCCCAUCCGGAACCCCAGCCUUGACCCCAUCCGGAACCCCAAGUAGGACUCUUCUCGGGACCCCAGACAGCACCCGUACCCAGGACCCAGGCAGGACCCAGGCAGGACCCAGGCAGGACCCAGGCAGGACCCCAGGCAGGACCCCAGGCAGGACCCAGGCAGGACCGUGAUCAAGGUGAGGUGGCAUACGUUUCC